UUAUCUAGUUUUGGGAGCGGGACAUUCGGGAAAGGUGUUAGGACAUGAAGUGUGCUCGAGUGUUUUUGUGUUGUUGAAUUCGCUCGAGUGUGCCUACUGAGAUGGCGCAAUUUUCGAAAGACGCGGUAUGGUAUGGUUCGCCCGCGUUACACUUCAGUCGCGUUGGUGGCUGUAUGCGAUUUGACGUAUUUUGUGCCGUGCGCGGUGAUGACACUUGUCAACUUAUUUUAUGAAAUGUCAAACGUUUUACAUGCAUUGCGCGAGUGAACGAUAAACAAAUUAACAGUGAAAUUGAUUUAAAUGCAGUGAAUUUCUUAACGGUGACAUGGACUGUUAUUACUCGAAAUAUUAUCCGAGGCGUAAGUGUCAAAUGGAAAGUUUCCAGCGGUGAUCAGUUCGCACGAUGCACCCCGCCGGGUACUACGCUAACAUCGCGAGCGGCGCGCUCGCAGCCGGCACGAUUGCGUCCCCGUGGAGCGCGGCGGCCGGCGCGCCCGACACCAACGGCUCGGGCGGCCCGGACGCCAAGCACCUCGACGUCGGCGACGCUAGUGACGAUGAAAAGGACCUAUCAGCUGCAGAUGCGGAGGGAGUAUGGAGUCCAGACAUCGAACAGAGCUUUCAGGAGGCGCUGGCUAUUUACCCGCCGUGCGGCAGACGCAAAAUUAUCCUCUCCGACGAGGGCAAGAUGUACGGAAGGAACGAGCUCAUAGCGAGAUAUAUUAAGUUAAGGACAGGAAAAACCCGCACAAGAAAACAGGUCUCGUCACACAUACAGGUGCUAGCGAGGCGGAAGCUAAGAGAGAUACAGGCCAAACUCAAAGUGGACGGUGGUGUGAUGAAGGAUAAGGCGAUGCAGUCGAUGAGCACGCUGUCGAGUGCUCAGAUAGUCGCCGGCCUGCCGCAUCCGGCGUACCACACGCAAUUUUGGCAACCUGGUCUACAAGCAGGCACCUCGCAAGAUGUGAAGCCGUUCCCUGGCGCUGGCUACAAGGGUGUGGGCCUAGGCGCCGGUGUGGGCGUGGGCGUGGGCGGCGCGGCCGACGUGGCGCCGCCGCCGUGGGAGGGCCGCGCCAUCGCCACGCACAAGCUCAGACUGGUUGAGUUCUCCGCCUUCGUUGAGCAUCCAAGAGACGCGGAUACGUACCCCCCGAGCACGGCGCCCGCGCAACACCUUUUCGUCCACAUAGGCGGCACCGUCACCUAUGCGGACCCCUUAUUAGAAUCAGUAGAUGUUCAACAAAUAAACGACAAAUUCCCUGAGAAGAAAGGCGGCCUAAAAGAGUUGUACGAGAAGGGACCGCGGAACGCGUUCUUCCUUGUCAAGUUCUGGGCGGAUCUCAACACGAAUAACUUGGACGACCCGGGCGCCUUCUACGGGGUCACUAGUGUGUACGAAAGCAACGAGAACAUGACAAUAAUGUGCAGCACGAAGGUGUGCUCGUUCGGCAAGCAGGUGGUGGAGAAGGUGGAGACGGAGUACGCGAGGUUCGAGGGCGGGCGCUUCGUGUACCGCAUCCAGCGCUCGCCCAUGUGCGAGUACAUGGUCAACUUCAUCCACAAGCUCAAGCACCUGCCCGAGAAGUACAUGAUGAACAGCGUGCUCGAGAACUUCACCAUACUACAGGUGGUGACGAAUAGAGAUACUCAAGAGACAUUAUUGUGUGCAGCGUUUGUGUUUGAAGUGUCGAAUAGUGAGCACGGCGCGCAGCAUCACAUCUACAGGCUCGUCAAAGACUGAACACCACCACAACAACACAACACAACACAACACUGUCCUACCAAUACUGUAGACUGUACACAUACACGAUUCUAAUUUAUUUAAAAAAUAAAUUUCAGAGCUGGGCUCUCCUUAUUCUAUUGUCUAUGACUUACUACUCUUUGACUUUAUUUUUCUGUCUUGUCUUUGCAAUUUGAAGUUGAAUUUUUUUAUUACAAUAUUCGGAUUGUUUAUCUUUGGUGUUAAAAUUUGAAAUUGUAUGUGUGAUACAAGAUAAUGUUUUAAGAAUCGUGUAUGGUCAAAUUGGCCAACUAUAAAUAUUUGUGGACCAUUCAGUACUUACACAGACCGACGCAGACUCGACAGAAUAUACUCAAAGUGGGACAAAAAGAUCGUUGUUAUCGACAUUUUAGUGAUGCAAAUGUAGAAGAAAAAAAAUGUGAUCUGAAAAAUUACGCUACAAGUAUUUUUGUAAAUGGAGAUUUAUGUAUAGCUCAAUUUUUAAAUAUCAUGUAUCAUAUAGUGACAACGGACGUUCGGAACGAUUUAGUCUACGGUUAAAAUAAAAAAAGGAUAAUCAAAAAAUCUUUAAUGGAUCACAAAAGAAAAAAAAAACUUUCACAAAAUCUAACCUUAAAAUUGCGUGUAAAUUACCAAUAUUAAGAAAUUUAUAGAUUUCAACACACAGUGCCUCUAAUUAUGUUACAUUAACAUAAAUUACUUGAGCAUUUUUAAUUUUUCCACUGCGACUUCUGUGACGACGUGUCAGUCCCAGUGGAAAUGUUAAAACUUAGAUAACUGCGAUUCAAUACAUAGGUUGGUUAAGAAUAGAUUUAUUUAGUCGUCUAGAAAUUUUUCUGAUUCAUUUAAGUGCUCUUGGUACAAUUUAAUAUCUUAUUUUGUUGAUCAUUAUUUUUUAAUGAUUUUGAAACAACGCUGUUUUACGAAAUGAAUCGUAAGGAAUGUGGCAGCUUUUUUUUUUAAUUUUUACUUUUGUAUUUUGAAUGUUUCUUUACUUUUAAGAUCGUUUUGUAUUUCUGCCACGUAUGUCUUUGCCACUCGGUUAUAAUAUUGUACAUACUACAGUUAGCCAAUCAAGGUUGUUAUUAGGGAUGCGAAAGUGUGGAUAUAUCGAUAUUUAUGUUAAAGAAACAUUAUUCUUAAAAAAAAAUAGGGAUUUAUUUAUUUAUUUUCAAAUAUCACUUUUCCUUUAGGAAUUAUGCUGAAUAAAACCUUGUAAGUCUCAGACUAUGUAUUUACACAUGUGUUUUAUUGAAUCGAUUUAUAUCGAUAUUAAUAUCGAUAUAUCUGUGCUGGUAUUAUCGGUUUUUCGAUAUUACGUCGCAACCCUAGUUGUUAUAGAUGUAUAAAGAUGUAUUAUAAACAAGGUAUUCAAAUAUGAACACGCAAUAAUUUAAAUUGCGUUGAAAUUAAUUUGUCAAAUAUAAGGCUCUAAGAAUCAUGUUUCUUUUUUUUUUACAUGAUUUUUUUUAAGUUAAUGUAUUUAUCAUUUCAUGCCACUAAAACAUGAUUUCGAGAGCUUCCAAUUUAAAUUGCAAUAAAAGUAUUUUUACAUAUACAUAAUUUUAUUGAAUAAAAAAAUAUAUUUGAUUUUUUUUUUCUAUAUUUCAAAAUGAUGCUUUGAAUUUUUUUUUCUUGGCAGCUUUUUCUAGUAACCGUGUAAAUAAGAUUCUAUUACUUUAUCGACUCAUUUUCUGAGAUGCAUACAUGAUUGGAUAUGACGAUUCGAAGAA